AUUCAACGGAGAAGCAAGAAGGGAAAAAUGAACAAACUCAUUCUUGUUAGUUUCUUGCUGGCUGCCCUGGUGGCAGUUAUUUACGCCCAUCACCAUCACCACCACCGGCAUCACCGGCACCACCAUCACCGACAUCAUCACCAUGGACAUCACCGUCACGGACACCACCAUCACCGACAUCGGCAUCACGGACAUCACCAUCAUCACCAUGGGCACCGUCACCAUGGACACCGACAUGGAGGACAUUCUCACGAGGUUCACCACCACCAUCACCAUCAUCACCACCACAGCAGCGGUGGCAGCAGCAGCGGUAGCAGUGGCAGCAGCGACAGCAGCAGUAGCAGUGAGAGUGAGAGCGAGAGCUCCAGCAGCAGCGAGGAGAUCAUCGUCCACCACCAUCACUCCUCCGGUGGGUCUUCUUCCUCAGGGUCAUCCGGUUCUUCUGGCUGCUCUAGCUGCGGAGGAUCAUCUGAGUCGUCAUCCUCUUCAUCCGAGGACUACCCCAUCCCCAUCCCCGUGCCCAUCUCACACGGCGGCGGCGGCAGUCACAGCCACACCAACUACCUCCCCAUCGUCCUCACAACAGGCGGAUAAUAUGUUCUCUCUCAACGUGACAUCAAGGUUGCGGUCAACGUCACAAGUCGGAGCAUGUUCAUGUCGAGUUGGUCAAUAUGUUACUGUUCAUUUAUGUUAAGUAUCCGGGAAAUGGAUGCACUCUCUGUUGCUGGUUAUGUUAUGGAUUAAAAUAAAGUGAUA